AAGCAUUUUCUCCAGCUGAUUCACCACAGAUCACACCUCCUCUUCCUCCUCCUCCUCCUCCUCUGCUUGGAGAGAGCGAGAGAGAGUGCACAAACCAUAAGGCGUGGUUUUUAUUGGAUGGAGAUGCUCCGUCUGCUCCCGCUGGGAUUCCCACCUGCGCCCAUGCACACACUGCUUGAGUGAUCUAUUGGUUGAUCGCCACCACAGAGGACGACACGUUUACGGCUUGUUUGUGUGGUUACACCGCCCAGCCGAGCCCCGGUUCCGGAUAAACAGCAGUGGUGGUGCUGGUGCCGUUGGUGGUGGAGAGCCAGUCCUGAGGUCGGGUGCUGUCCCGAGGCGGUUCAGCGAGGAUGGAUCCCACAUCGCGCAGAGCAUCCCCUUGGCUCGCCUUGCUUGUACUGGCGUGUGUGCGGCUGCAAGUGGACUGCAGGCGGGCCAGGCAGCCUCGGUGUCCCACAUCGUGCACUUGCACCAAAGACAACGCGCUGUGCGAGAGCACCGGCCUGAUCCCCCGCACCUUCCCUCCGGAUGUCAUCUCGCUGUCGUUCGUCAAGUCUGAAUUCACAGAGAUCCCCAAGGAGAGCUUCAUCCACACGCCCGCCCUGCACCUCCUCCUUUUUACAGCCAAUAACUUGGAGUCAAUAAACGAGGAUGCUUUCCUUGGUCUUCCUCAUCUGGAGUAUCUGUUCAUCGAAAACAACCAAAUCAAUUCCAUAUCGCCGUACGCUUUCCGUGGGCUGAAAACAUUAGUGCAUCUGAGUUUGGCCUACAAUAAUCUCGAGACACUCCCCAAAGAUUUGUUCAAGGGUCUCGAGGCGCUGACGAAAGUAGACUUGCGAGGGAACCAGUUCACUUGUGACUGUAAGCUCAAGUGGCUGGUGGAGUGGACCUACAGCACCAAUGCUACCGUGGAUCAGAUUUACUGCAAAGGCCCGUCGACGCUGCAGGACAAGAGGAUCAACGACCUGAUGCCUCAGGCCUUCGACUGCAUCACCACAGAGUUCGCCUCCUACCAGUCCCUCAAGUUUGAGUCGAUAUCAGUCGAGGCCUUUUCCUUCGGGGAGGACCAGUUUGUGGUCUUUGCUCAGCCCUUCAUUGGCAAAUGUAGCUUCAUGGAGUGGGAUCAUGUGGAGAUGGUCUUCAGGAACUUUGACGAUAUUGACAGCACUUCUACGGUGAUCUGCAAGCCUCUGGUGAUUGACAACCAGCUCUUCAUCAUCGUGGCUCAGCUGUUUGGCGGCUCGCACAUCUACAAGCGCGACACGUCGGCCAGCAAGUUCAUCAAGCUCCAAGGCAUCGACAUCCUGAAAAUCCGCAAGCCCAACGACGUGGAGACGUUCCGCAUCGACGGCGAGUCUUUCUUCGUCAUCGCCGACAGCUCCAAGGCGGGCUCCACCACCAUCUACAAGUGGAACGGCAACGGCUUCUACUCGCACCAGUCGCUGCACCCGUGGUACCGCGACACGGACGUGGAGUACAUGGAGAUCUCGUCCAAGCCUCACCUCAUCCUGUCCAGCAGCUCCCAGAGGCCCGUCAUCUACCAGUGGAACAAAGGCACCAAGCUCUUCGACCGACGCACCGACAUCCCGGAGAUGGAGGAUGUCUACGCUGUCAAGCACUUCCAGGUCAAGUCGGAGCUUUACAUCUGCCUGACGCGCUUCAUCGGCGACUCCAAGGUGAUGCGGUGGGACGGCGCCCUCUUUCGGGAACUGCAGACCAUGCCCUCGCGCGGCUCCAUGGUCUUCCAGCCUUUCUCCGUGGGCAGCUGGCAGUACGCCAUCCUGGGCAGCGACUACUCCUUCACGCAGGUGUACCGCUGGGAUGCCAAGAAGGGCGAGUUCGUGCACUUCCAGGAGCUCAACAUCCAGGCGCCGCGGGCCUUCUCGCCCGUCUCCAUCGACAACCGCCAGUUCCUGCUGGCGUCCAGCUUCAAAGGGAAGACGCAGAUUUACGAGCACCUGGUCAUCGACCUGAGCGUCUGAGCAGCGAGACGAGAGAAAGGAGGCAUGCAUUUUUUUUCUAUUUACGUGUACUCUUUUCAAAAGUGCAUUUCAACCACAUUUCACGGGCAAAAAUAUCGGGACGGGGUGAGGUCAGGGUUCUCGAGUGCUUCUGUGCCAAACGCAACCGUGCAUGCCUUGAUGGACCUUGAACAUGACCAAUUAAGAUUACAUGAGGCCUUGACUGACCCCUUAUUGAGUAUACGUCAGGCGCGUCCCAACACUUUUGUCCGUGACAUACAGUGGAACCUCCGUAGUCCACCAAAAGAGGUAGAAUUUAGAGAAUGUUCUGGAAAAAUAUACCUCUCAUAGGCGUGUCCCAAUACUUUUGCCCGUAGUAGACAGUGGAACCUCCAAAGUCCGACACCCCCGAGGAGAAUGUCCUGGAAAAAUACCCCUGUCAUAGAUAUGUCCAAAUACUUUUGUCCAUGCUCUAGGAGUGCAGUGCAACACCCCCGAAUAGAACAAAAAUGCCUCACUGGGCCUGGAAAAGAUGAGUUCCACAAGUGCGUUUUGCUUUUUCUUUGGCUUUUUUGUGUGUGACGCCACCGCAGAAGCCUCACGAAGAAGUGAAAAAAAAAAUGCGACGAUAACCACAGAAGUGGAGCUGCAGUGCGAGACGUAGGAAAGGCUCAGCACAACAUGAAGUAAAAGUAUCAAACACGCAACGUAAUUCGACCAAGCUAACAGAAAACAGCAUGUAGCGGAAAUAACCACGGCUAAUGACGAGCUUGCAGCAUUUUUGCGUGUAUUUCCUGAAGUAACGUAGUACUUAGACGGCACAUACUGACAAAUCAGUGGUAUCCACCAGUAAUGAAGGUUUUGGAGCAGACUAACUGACGUAACAUCGCUUCCCGUGGGAACACGGCAACCUUUGGAGGCUCCGACGUGUUUACAGAGACGGAGGCCGGCUUCGAUGCAUGCAUCUCAUCCGUUUGUCACCUCACGUAUGUCGAGCCCAAAGUCAUGAAACUUUCCUCAAUCUGCCAAAAAAAAAAAAAAAAAGAGAAAUGUUUACAUUUUUUCUGCCAAAAUAAUUUGUAAAAAAAAAAGCCCAAAAAAACAACGACGCUUUUGUAUGUAACAACAGUUGGGUAUUGAUCACCUGGUGAAUGUUUGUAUCAAGUGUUUUUCAGCAGCACAUUGAUUCUAUUUUCACGACCUUUCAGGAUGAUUCACUUUUGUCACCAGAAUGUUCAUUCUUUCGUCAAUGAAUUGAUGGUUGCCUCGCCAGAUAAUCUAUUCAUUAACUGUAAAAGCCAUAAAUGACCUUGUCAAAACCUCAGCGUUUAGUCUCACAGAACGAGGGUGUCCAAAGUCCGGCCCGGGGGCCGUUUGUGGUUGUGUUGUUUACGGAUUGUGGCGUAUUUGAAAAAUAAAACGAAACACGGCCAUACGGAAAAAUAAAAAAGCUAUAAUGUGUAAGAUAUCGCACUUAUCCUAAGAACUAUUUGCUUUGUUUGUCAGGAAAAUGUGGUUUGUUAAUAUUGGCCAUUGUUUCAUUUGUUUGGACGAAUAUUAGUUAUAAUUGUAUGUAUUUCUGCUAACAUUUACACAUUUAUCACACUGACUUGCUAUGAUUGUCUGCUCCAGGCUAGAGGCCUCUUGUCUCCAAAACAAGUCCUUCACAUGCUCAUCACCUGAUUCAAAUAGCCGUGGGCGCGUGCGAGUCAGCCCAAACAAAAAGCUGAGCUGUUAAGGGUUUUUUUCUUUAAAUGUAUCCACGUUAUGCAUAAAUACUUACAGGCCACACUGAAUAGAGAAAACAAUUAUUAUACUAUUAGAAUAAAAUAAAAUAUUUCAGAGAAAAAAAGUUGGAUAAGUUUAGGGAAGAAAAAUCUUUUUUUUUGCGACAAAAAUAUUUUUUUGAGAUUUUUUUUUUAAUUAGAAAGUUAUAAUUUUAUGACAAUAAAUAAAGAAAUUACAAGUUGAAUGAAAAUAGUAUAAAAAGUAUCAUUAAAAUAUAUUAUUAAUAAUAAUAUAUAUGAAAUAUAAAUAGAAAAAAAUAUAUUCAAUUUUCCCACAAAAUACGGUAUGUCUGUUUUUGCCUGAAAAAAAUGUUUUUUCUUGAAAAUGAAGAAAAUAGAAAAUGGGGGGGAUCUCAUUCCUUUUAAAUUUGACUUAAUUCUCAAAAUUUCUGAUAAAAAAAAUAUGAAUAUAUUCUUGGGUCAGAAAGUCGUGUGUUAUAUAUUAAGUAUAUAAAAUAUGUAAGUACAUAAACUAUAGAAAGUCAUAUGGAAAAAAGAUGUAUUUUCAGGGGGAAAGCUGUAUUUUUUUAGCGGGGCGUGAAAAAAUCCUACUUUUUAGACAACAGGGAUAUUUUCCAGGAAAAACUAAUUAUUUUAGCAUUCGCAUUAGAAUUUUUUUAAGGGAAAAAAAUGUACUUCAGGAAAACCUAAUAUUUUAAAAAUAAAAGUUUAUGUUAUAACUUUAUAUUAAGUAUCAUUUUCUGGUUAAAAUUCAACUUGUCAUUUCUUUGAAAAUAAAUAACAUUUAUUCUCAUAACUUUCUCUCUCUUGAAAAAAAAACAACUUUUUCUCCAAAAAAAACAUAUUUUUUUUCUCUAAAUAAACAUUAUUCUCAUAGUAUUGAUUUUUUCCCCGCUUUUGAGUGUGGCCCUAGUCCUCUUUUCGACAAAGAAUCCUUCAGUUUUUCUGGACGCAGCCCAAACGUUGGACACCCUCGUGGAAGAAUAAAUGUAUUUGAAAAUGUAAUGAGUAGUUGUGAGAGUGUCAUGAUUAGGAUGAAGUUGACUGACAUUUUGCUCUUUCAAUAAAAGCUAUUCACAUUUGAGCUUGAACCAUGAAACGCGGUUGUCGUUAUUACUUUCAAAAUAACAGACUCAAAAACUGUGGCUGGUGUAGAAUUGAGUGCACAACUUGCCUGCAACCAGCAGGGGCGCUGUUGAGUAAGUCAACUUGUUUACUGUCUCAGCUACUGUAUAAGGUUGAGUCACUAUUGCAUGGAGUCAUAUACGUUUUUAAUUAAGGAAUUAAUAAUAGUAAUAGGAAUUUUUAAAAAUAUAUAUAUUUAUUCUUUUUUUAAAAUAUAAUUUUUACUCCUAGUCAGUGACGAGCAACAAAUAAUACAAACAACUUUUUAUUUUCUUCCGACAAAGUGCACACCUCAUUUCUACAAAGCAACACAUUACAACGUAAUGGAAUAAAUACAAUAAAAUUUGCUGAACUGAAAAAGCAAAGAAACCAAAAAUGAAAAGAGGAUAAACACACAAGUACCUGCGCAAUCCCACAGGUGGAGGCGCAGGACCCAAUGAGGCUUCUUCUUUUGAGGUGGUCGUUUGGAGGAGACUUUUCAUGCAUUUUAACACGUCGAAUUUUAAAUCCUGCUUUUUUUUUUAAUCGGAACUGAUGAUGAGAUAACUAGAUUUAUUUUUUAUUUUUUUGGAGUGGGCAGGGGGACAACAGGUGCAUACUUUCAUGUUCACACGCGUCCAAAAAGUUGUGCAAGUGCAACAGGAGUCUCCACAUCGCCCCCUGCUGCUGAAAGAAAAAUAAAGUGAACACGACUCAAGUCUAUGCGUGCAACUGCAGUGUUUUUUUUUCUUUUCUUCUUCCAUAGGCAAAAAAAAUUAAAAUAAUUUAGUGCUCUUUAAAUAAAAUGAAAAAAAAACAC